GCAUUUGAUCUGCAGUCUCUCUCUCUCUCUCAGAGCUUCCAGCGGAAUGCUCUCCCUACGCCAGUAUCUUUCCUCCUCGCAACUAGUACCCAAAACCCUAAAUCCUCGAAUACAUCCCAUCUAUAAGCGACUCCACCGCUCCAUGGGUGUCUCCAGCCUCAAGGUGGCAUGGCGCAAGGACGCCACACUAGACGCUGCCAUCGAGCGCGACAAACGCUUCCGCCUCUGCUCGCGAGUCGUCCGCGAGGUCCUCAACGAGCCCGGUCACCGGAUUCCCCUCCGCUAUCUUGAGAAGCGCCGCGAGCGCCUCAGACUCCCCUUCCGGGCUAAGACCUUCCUCUCACGCUUUCCCAACCUUCUCGAACUCUACCCCGACCGCAUCAAGCCCUCUUCCCCUCCCGUCCCCUUCCUCCGUCCCUCCCCCCGCCUACUCUCCUUUCUCUCACUGCAGUCCUCCAUCUAUUCACACCUCGAGCCUCUCGUCCUCUCCAAGGUCUGCAAGCUUCUCAUGAUGUCCCGCCACCGCGCCCUCCCUGCACACAAGCUUUUUUCUGUCAAGCGCGACUUCGGCCUUCCCGACGACUUUCUUGUUUCUCUCGUUGGACGCCACCCCCAUCUCUUCCGUCUUGUUGGGGCUGGAGGAGACCACCUGGAACUCGUCUCUUGGCCGGAAGAGUACGCCAGAUCGGUCAUCGAGCAUCGCGCAGACGAAGAGUCCCGCAUCAUCGGCGUUCGCAUGCGGCCCAACUUUGCCAUUCGCCUCCCCAAGGGUUUCUACCUCCGCCGUGAAAUGCGGGAGUGGACACGGGAUUGGCUUGAAAUUCCCUACAUCUCACCUUAUGAAGAUGCCUCCAGGUUGCACCCGGCCUCACCGGAGAUGGAGAAGAGGAAUGUGGCAGUCUUCCAUGAGUUGCUUUCACUAUCAGUUUUAAGGAGGAUGGCCGUGCCGGUUGUGGGCAAGUUCUCUGAGGAGUACCGCUACUCCAAUGAAUUUGCUAACACGUUCACCAGGCACCCCGGGAUUUUCUAUGUCUCCCUGAAAGGCGGGAUCAAGACUGCGAUGCUCAGGGAGGCUUAUGAUGAACACGGGGAGCUGGUGGACAGGGAUCCCUUCCUGCAAAUUAAGGAUAAGUUUAUGGAAAUGAUGGAGGAGGGGCACAGGGAAUGGAUGGAGAGGAUCAGGAAUAAGAGGGAGGCUGUUCAGAAGGAUUUGGAGUUGAUGGCGAGGAAGAAUGCUGAGCUGUCUGUCGGCGAUUAUGAAACUUGUACUGAUGGAAGAUCACAGCAGGUGAAAAGCAGUACCGAUGGAAACAAUGAUGAGUGGCAGUCCGAGGAUGAUGUGCAGGAUCUGAAUCAUCUAGGAAUCAGCAAUCAGUCCUAGACGAAGCAAGAAUCAGUUGCUCAGAAAGAAGAUUUGACUCUGAAGAAAUUGAACAGAGA